UUUAAAUAAGACGAAUGAUAGUUCAAAAGUUUAACAUUAAAUAAAAAACAGUUGAGGACUCGUAAGGAUAUAUACACUUGGGUAGGUCACAGUCCCAGUGGUCCCACCUGUAAGUGAGACGAACGUGUUGACCCUGGUCAACACUCAACUCAGUGAGAAAGUGAGACUGAGUGACAUAAAUGCCGGAAGAGAAGACGAGAGAGCAAGCAACGAUGGCGGCCAAACCCAAACCCUCACCCUCGCCGCCGUCGGCCUCCGCCACCCCGACGACCUACCGCCGCAAGCCCAAGCGCAAGGCCAAGGCCGCCAAGCCAUCCCCGCCGCCCAAGCGCCAGGCCCGGGAGAGUCCGCCCCCGCACACCCGCCAGUCGCCGCUCAACCCCGCGCCGGAGGAUGCCUCCCAGCUUGCCGACGGGGAGCGCGAGCCACCGCCACCGCCGCCGCCGCCGCGCGUUCAGAGAGAGGCGCCAAAGCUGCGUCCAGUGAAGGAGGAAGUCGAGGCCGUCCUGUCGCGCGGAGCCGGCGUCCACGUCGUCCCCACCUUCGCCGGAUGGUUUUCAUGGAAGGACAUCCACCAAAUUGAAAAGCAAGCAUUGCCUUUGUUUUUUGAUGGGAUAUCAUUACAGAGGACACCUGACAUAUAUUUGGAAAUUAGAAAUUUUAUUAUGAAGAAAUUUCAUGCUAAUCCUCAAAUGCAUUUGGAGUUCAAAGAUUUGUCUGAGUUGUCUGAUGGGGAGAUGGAUGCUCGGUUGGAAGUCUUCGAGUUCUUGUCGCACUGGGGUUUGAUCAACUUCCACCCUUUUCCACCAGCUGCACAGGAGGUGAGUGCACUGGUUGAUACCAAAACAAAUGUUGAUACAGAGGAGAAAAUUUCUCUAGUGGACAAGUUAUUUCAGUUUGAAACAGUUCAGUCGUAUCUCAUUACUUCUCCGAACCAAGCAGAGGUGGCAGCUCCAACUCAUUCCCCUAGCUUGCUUUCUGAGCCUACGUUAACUGAAGAUUUUAUUACCCAAGCCGAGUCUUCUGUUGAGUAUCACUGCAACUCUUGUUCAGUUGAUUGCUCAAGGAAGCGCCACCAUUGCAGAACUCAGGCAGACUUUGACUUAUGUUGUGACUGCUAUAACGAAGGAAAGUUGGAUGUAGGCAUGUCACAAACUGAUUUCAUCCUUAUGGAAUCUGCAGAAAUUCCAGGUUAUGGUAGCACUAGCUGGACUGACCAGGAGACCUUGCUUCUUUUGGAAGCUUUAGAAAUUUUCCAAGCAAAAUGGAGUGACAUUGCUGAGCAUGUUGCUACAAAAACCAAAGCACAGUGCAUGCUACACUUCCUUCAAAUGCCAAUUAUGGACUCGUUUUUGUAUGAUGGAGAUGUUAGUGAAACAUCUCAGGAAACUGCAGUACAUGUCUCAGCGGAACAUGGUACUUCUGUAACUGAGGAAAUGGUGGUAGCCGAAGACAAAGCAGGAAUUAAAACUAAUUAUGGAAAAACUUCUGCAGAAACAAAAUUUAAUUUGACAGAAACAGAAGGAAACCUAGACGAUAAUGUUGUUGCAAAUAAUGAUACCAAGAAUUCAGGUGAUAUCAAUGUGGAUGCAUGUAGCAACACUGGUGGAUCAAAUAGAUCUUCAGAUACUGAACCUAUAAAGAAGGAAACUUCUGUAGAAAAUACAUCAAACAUUGUUAAUAAUGUCCUGAAAUCUGCUUUUGAAGCUGUUGGUCACAUUCCAAAGAAAGAGGACUUGGUUUCAUUUACUGAAGCAGGAAAUCCUGUCAUGGGACUGGCAGCAUUUCUAUCUGGCCUUGUGGAUUAUGAUGAUGCUACUACAUUGUGCUGUAGUUCGCUGAAAGCUAUAUCUCAUAUGUCUCCUGCUCUUCAACUGGCAACAAGGCAUUGCUUUAUUCUUCAAGAUCCACCAAAUGACCACAAAGAUCUGCCAGUCAGUAUAAGCCCUGCAGACACAGAUGGUGAGCAACAAAAAGACAAGGAUGCUACUUCAAAUCCAAAUGGUGCUGACAAGGACAACAAUUUAAAAGAAGGGUCUGCUUUAUCUGUGGAAGAGCAAAAUACUACAUCCACUUCAUCAAAAAACACCAGGGGCAUAUCUACCAUAAAGGAAUCUAAGGAUGAAUGUCCCCAAGGGGAGCCUAAACCCAGUAGUGCUAACGAUUGUGACAAUCCAAUUAGGCAGGUGGCAAAGAGUGCAUCUGAUAAUAUAAGAGGACACAGUCGCACUUUGCUUCCUGUCAGUCUGAAUAAUACAAAUGAAUCUUGUUCCAUAUCUUCCCAAGAGACCAGUGCAGGAAGCACAAAGGACACGAGUGAUCCAGGACAUGUAGACGGGGGUAAACCAAUUUAUGAGGAUCCACCAUUACAAGGAAAGACAGAAUUGAACAAGAUCGAGCAUGGAGUCACUGACUUAUCUACUCUACAGCUACAUGAGUCCAUCCGAACAAGUUCAGAAAAUGGGAACUUUGAAGAUCCUAACAGUAUUAAGGACAUUGUUGUCGAUGAUGUUUCCAUACAAAGACUACAGCGGGCAGCAGCUACUGCUAUUUCAGCAGCUGCUGUGAAGGCUGAGCUCCUUGCAAAGCAGGAGGAAUAUCAAAUCCAGCGAUUAGCUGCACUUGUGAUUGAUAAGCAGUUCCACAAGAUGCAAGCAAAAAUGUCCUUUUUCACUGAAGUACAGAACUUGUUCUUACGAAUGAGGGAGCACACCGAAAAUACCCGGAAGAAGCUUCUGAUGGAGAGGAGUGCUAUAAUCGCUUCUCGGAUGGCAGCACUGCCACCCAGACCAAACCAACCUGGGAGCAGAUUACAAUUAGGGUAUAGUCUGCAUCAGCAACUGAGGCGAUCUUGAGGCCUACUUCUCAUGUGCUAAUGACCUUUAAUGUGAUGUUCACCUUCCAAGAAACAUAGAUAAGGCUGUAGGGCUGGCUUUUGUAGUUGUUCUAAUCUAACCCACCACCAUGUGCAACAUCCCAUGUUAGUAUGUUACAGGCUCAGGAGUACUUUGCGUAGCUUACAUUGUCCCACCUAGUAGCUUUUAAUUAGCCCCUGUUAGCGUAAUAGGGUCUGUAGAACUGCACUCACCUGGAAAUCGUAUGUAUAUUAUAAUGGUUUUAAGAUCUGGGCUUGUUUCCCGUGCUUCUGUCUGCAAUGCUAAUUUUAUGCUUUCAGAA